AUGUUGAGUCUAAAACCACAAUUAGGACUCGUGUCGAGGUUCACGAGAUCAUUCCAUAUUUCUAGCUCAAAAUUACAAGAAUCAACAUCAUUAUUUGGUGAUGUUACAGCUAAACCUGAAGAUAAACCAACUAAAAACAAGAAAAGAGAUCUAGUGGAUUCCAUGGAUAAUCAAGCUCAAGGGGAUAAACCUUUUUAUAAAGAAAGAAUCACUCUACGUAAAGAUCCAGAACUUCAAAGAUUCAUAGGUCAUGCACCAACACCAGCUGCUGAAAAAUAUCUAAGUCCUUUGAAAUUACAAAUAUAUAAUGCAAAUGUUGCAAAGAAUGGAUUUUUCAAAAACAAUGAUAUUGUUAAAUUAUCAAAUGGUGAAAAAUAUCAAUUAAAGUUAUCAAAAAAGGAAAUAGAAGCUUUUGAACCAAGUAUUUAUUUGAAAACAUUUAGAAUUAAACAUUCUGUUAAAAAAGCUACAACUUUCUUAAAAUUAAUCAAUAGAAUGGAAGUCAAAAAAGCUAUUACACAAGCUCAUUUCAAUCAAAAACAAAUCGCAAGAGAUGUUGCAGAGUUACUAGAAAAAGGUUUGAAUGAUGCCAAACAAUUGAAUUUAAAUCCUGAUGAAUUAUAUCUUGAUCAAAUUUGGGCAGGUAAAGAUGGCCACAUUAUCAAAAGAGUUGAUAUCAAAGGUAGAGGUAGAACAGGUGUUAUAGAGCAUCCACAUAUCCAUAUUAGAGCUAUUUUGAAAGGUGAACAAACAAAAAAGAGAUUAGCAUAUGAACAAGAACAAAAAGAAUUAAGAAAAGCACCAUACAUGCAACUACCUUCUUCAAGUUUACGUUGGAGACCUGAAGGUUUCUACAAGUGGUGA